AUGGGCCCCACUGUUUUAUUUUUUUUCAUUCCGACGCCCCUGCACUGCAACCCUAUCUGCUCCCCGUCCCCGCCCCUGGCGCCACCGCCGCCCCCCGCCCCGCCCUUACCGACGCCGCCGGCGGCGGCCCCCGCCACGGGCCUCGCCCACCUCGACGUGCUCCUCUCGCCGAGCUCCUCCUCCUCCCCGAGCCGUGCGCCGCACUCCGAACCGGCGCCGCCACUGCCAUCUGCCUCCUCGAGCGCUUCCUGCUCCUCGCCGACGCGCACGGCGCCUUCCAGGAGGCCGUCCUCGACCUCCGCCGCCAAAACGCCGACGCCCAGGCCGCGCUCCGCAGGCGCGACCACCCCCGCCUCGCCAUCGCGCUCCGGGCGCAGCGCCACGCCGAGAGGGACCUCGCCUCGUCCGUGCGCGCCGCCGCCAAGUUCCCCCUGCUUCUUGCCGGCCGCCAGCGACGCAAACGCCAUGGAGAGACGUCAUCUGCAGCAGGCUACCAGCGGCGGGGCGAGCUCAAGGAACUUGGCGCCGCCGGCCCGCUCCAUCUCCGGCGGCCGCAAGCCACCUCGGCCGACUACCUCUACCCCGUCCAAGAAACAGCGCCCGUCGUUCGUCGCUCCGCUUCCCCGACCGACGGCUCCUCCCGGCGGCGCUAACGGCGGCUUCCUGUCUUGGCAAGCCCCGAUGCCAAGCAUCUCUGAGCCGGCCCGCCUACCAUCUCUGCCACGGUACGAGGACACUCAAAGCACCUCCUCAACACCAGAACUCGACUACGAGGCCACCGUGGAUGGCACCAAAGCACCCAACCUCUUUGACUGGACCCCCACCCCGUACUCCACCCAGGAUUCAAUUCCCCCAGGAGGUUUUGUCAAUUUUAUGAGAGAGGUGGCAAUUACCACCACGAUGAGGAUAUCCAACUCUGCAGAUCUUGGAUUAACAUCACAACUGAUCCCAUCACUGCAAAUGACCAACCAAGCAAGUCGUCGACCACAAAUGUUUUGA